GGUGUGCGAAUGAUGAUGAAUUUGUUCAUCAUUCACCGUCCGUAGAAGUUCACGUGAGCGUACAUUGGUGAAGCCGUUCUCACAAGCAUGACUGUAUGGUGAAGAGAGUAAAGGCAAGAGGCGAACGAUCGUUGCCUCGCACGCUGUGUAUCGUUUCCUUUCGGCUGUAUAAACUUGUAGCUGUUUUUUUUUUUUCAAAUUGGUCAUAAUGCGGGUGGCGACAAGGCGGAUGGUCUUUUCGAGUACAAAAGCCAUUCCUCUUGCUUGACCGUUAGUCUCAAGAUCAGCUUUUACAUUUACCUCAGAACCUGCCUGCUACUUGGGUGAUUGAUCUUGAGACUGGACGACCUCCGUGAGAUUUAUAGCUAAAGCGUCUGAUGCGAUUGUAAUUGACGCGUAUCAACAAACUAGAAGCAGGGGGGUUUGUGUCCGUAAGCCAAAAUCAGGUAUCGUCGUUAUUUCAUUGUCUGGGGAUUAGUGAAUCAGUUAGCUUGUAAAAUGGCGCCCGUUGCUACAGAAGCUCCCAAUGUAGAGACGUAUGGCGAGCUAUUAAAGAAACUCAAAGAAGCAGCUAGUGAUCAAGUAGACUUAAACAAAAAGAUUGAACCUGUGCCGGAUUUCGUAAAGGCACAGCACGUCAACUAUAUAAUGGGCUACGUGUUUUUAGUGUUUGUGCUCCAGACGGGUUCUGUUUGCGGGACACUGCUGAUUAUUGAGGGAAGCACCAACGCUGAAGAUCAAUUCACUCUGUCCGCACAGUAUCUUCUGCCGUCCACGAUAUAUUUCGUAAUGACCUCGGUCCUAACUGUCUCAACUACCUUUUAUCACGAUCACUUUCCACUCAACGUAGUCAUUCUCGUUGUGAACCUCACAGGCCUGGCGGUCAUUUUUGUGUUCCAGGUCCUAAGCUUCGGACUGGAACAGUCGAAGCUUAGCGAUAUCCCAGCGUUACGUUUUGCGUUCUUCUGCUGUAUGUGCAUUUCGGGUGCUUCAUUUGUAAUACCAUGGAUUUCAUUGUCGCCAGUUUUGGUCCGUUCGGUGCGGCCAUUGAUUGCGUUCUCAACCAUGAUAAUAACUCUGUUAUGGUGUCGGCUCUACCAGGAGUUUCGAUACUUGCCUCUGCUUAUACUAUUCUUUGGGCUGAUCUAUGUUCUCUUGCGUUCGGAGGUCCUCGCAGGCGAGAAGCUAGUAGAUCGCCGCGGAAAAAUUUACGGCAACGACGAAUCCGGUUUGUAUAGUGCCCUUGUGGAUGCAAUUCACGUUACACUUCAGAUACUAGCCGGCCCGUUAGCAGUCUGCACCGGCCUUCUGGCGAUGUCAAUAACCAUCUUACGGCCUCAACGCCCAUGGCCUUAGCGUCGCUCUUUCUGAAACGGCUAUUGCUGUAGACAUCAAAAAUACACAUAAAAACGAGCAUGGAAUCCGACUUCUGUAAAAACUAUACAUACUUAUUAGGCCACCACACGUACAACGUAUGCGUGUCGUCAAAUGAAAUCAUGCGAAUGAUAAAAACCGGCAUAAUAACGAUAAAAAUGCCUUCUCCUGAUUAAGACUGCUUUCUGUUAAUUUCUCUACAACCGUCGAAAAUUACGCUGACUAGCAAAUCGAAGCGGUAAUGUAUUGUUAUAAUAUUCAAAUUGUUUCUAAAUUAAAUGAUCGUAUCUUCGUAAUUUACAGCUUUUGAAAAAAUCGAACAAAAACAAACUCUAUGUAUCAAGUGGAAAAAAAGUAUCGAUGUUAAUAUAUAUCGUAAAAUAAAAACAGCAUUAUGUUCUUAUAUAUUGUACCUCGCUUCUAUCAAAAAUAGCAUAUCGUGACUUUUCGAAGCACUUCAGUAUACUGUUUCUGUCGCAUGUUAGACUAAUAUAGACGGUCUUCUAUUCCACAUUGUUACGCCGGCCGUCUAGCAUAUAAUCAACGUAUCCUAGUCAGACUCAAUAUGCAUAUACUAUGAACUAUUUUAUACACACAAUUUAUUAGACUUUAUAAGACAAGUAUGAAAAGAGUUCGCAAGCAACGUAGACAGAAAAUGUUAUCCAAAAUAAACAGUAUUCCACUCUGAUAGAAUAAUCAAUAGGCCAGGGCAAGUACUUGUAUUGUCUUUACCCACUAGAAGAGCCUUGGAUUUAUCAGAUUGGAAAUAUCAGGAAGAAAAACUACCUGAUACAAGCUCGCUACUGAAUAUACGCGCUAACGUGCUGGACAUGCAAGUAACACUGUUGCUAACAACAGAGAUUUCAAUUGGAGCUAUUUUAGAGUUAGAAACAUUUCAUAACCCGGUUUGUUUGGCAAGCACAUUAUAAAAAAAAAAAUUAAAAAAAAACAUACAAAGAUUAGUAGCAAGUGGUGUGUCGUAUGGGCCGUACUUACUUGAACCCUAUCAACGCGGUGCUUGUUCCGUCAUCAUUCAAGCAUAUUUAUUCGGACCUUGUGUUGAUUUACUAAUUAAAGUUUAUCCUCACGCUUUAAGCUAUGGUUUCUAAUGUUAUAACAGUACGUAAGUAACUAGAUAGUGCUCUGGGUUAUC